GUCCCCCAGCUUCGGAUCGAUUCGACUGCAAAACACGAGAAAAAAAUAACAAGGGGCCUGCAUCUUAAUCAGUUUGCCCGUGACGUGGAGCUAGGGGCCUCGUUCCAAUCGCCGCGUUUAUCCCAUAAGCCGCAGCAAGGCCAAACAUAAUUGCAUUUCUUGCCAUUCGCAGACCGGGUAUCAUGGGAAAAAAGGAUCCAAAACCCGUUUCUGGGACCAACGGUAGCUCUGUUAAAGGGAAACAUCUCCAUGAAGGUCACAAGAUGACAGCCGCUACAUUCGCGAAGGUAGCGGCAAAGCAGGACGAGAUAAGGCAGAGGGAACCGCUUGAAACUGACUGUCCACCCCGAGCUCCUCCCAAGGAUACGUCCACUCAAAAAUCACCGUCACCAACCAACCAGGUGGCUACGAGAAGGAAGCUUCUGCAGAGACAACUGACCAGUGGAAAAUCUGACAUGGCGCCGGUUGCUCUUAAUACAGCUACCGCAAUUUCGCGGAUUGCCGAUAAUUGGGCUCCACCCACCAAAUCCCCCUCACCUUCUACAACAAUGAAGGGCCCUCGAGUGAAGUCGACACCCAAAGCUUCGACAAGGCCGUCGUUCAAGUCGCAAAGCUCUGAUGCAUCAAAUUCUAGUGGCCUCGCAAAACUUAAUUCGCAUCCCGCUUCACCUGCCCGUGGCUCCUCGGAUAAUCCGCCUCCUUUACCUGAUCGACCGGCACCGCAACGCUCUGCAUCAGUUGAGGGGGGAAGUUUAUUGAGUAUUGUCAAAAAAGGAAGAGAGCAAAUUCAAUCCGGUGGAUUGGGGGCUGCUAAAUUUCUGGGCAAAAAGGGACAUGAGGCUUGGGGUAAAAUUAAGAAGGGGAAGGAGAAAAAUGGCCAUUCUGGACCGAUCGGUUCACCUUAUUCUGGUGGGGGUAAUGUAAGCCUCAGGGAUUCUAGCAAUGACAUCGAUGUUUUCGGCAUGGAUUUACGGGAAGCAGUCCAGCGGACUAGAAUUGUGAAGGAGAGGAAGGGACCUGCCGAUGCAGCGUAUUGGAUGCCUGCUUUGGCGUAUCGAUGUCUUCAAUAUCUCAAUGUGCAUGGCCCACCUGAGCUUGGAAUUUAUCGAAUCCCAGGAAGCACAUCUGUUGUUGACGAACUGAGAGCAGAGUUCAAAAUACGGCAUGACGUAGAUCUUUUUGACAAUCCUCCCGAUGACCUCCAUACUGUAUCGUCUUUGCUCAAAGCAUGGUUCCGGUCAUUGCCCGAAGCUGUACUUCCCCCGGAGGUACAAAAGAGGGUAUACGAAAAGUGUAAGGAUCAAACAGAUGCUCCAAAACCGCCCCAGGCGUUCAUCGACGAGCUUUCACAACUACCCCCCUAUAAUUACUAUCUACUUCACCAUCUCUUUUCUCAUCUGAGUGCUGUUUGCGGCGCUUCUGCCAUAAACAAAAUGAAUCUUGCUAAUCUUGGCAUGAUAUUCUGCUCUACCCUUAGAAUUGAUCGGUUUUGCUUUAAUUGGCUUGUUAGUAGUUGGGAUGAAUGUUGGGCUGGAUGCAAGACGGAAGAGGAAGAGUACAGGAGGGCUAUUCCAAGUAGGCAGCCUUCGACGUCCUCUUCUGGCCAGAGCCAAUACCACGACGCUUCCUCAGCACCCGAGUCGCGGUCGACCAGUCAAACCAAUGUUGACCGUUAUCCGUCAAAUUGCUCUAAUGCUCGGCCUCAAAAGACACCAUCACCGGAGCCUAGAUUUAUUGCUAGGUCUCUCAGCAGGGUCGGACGCCGUAAAGGGGGAUCUAGUAAGGAUUCGAAAGAGCGGAAGGAGGGAAAGUCCCAACCUUCCCCACCGCUUCCCCAAGAAUCGUUGCUCGGAGCUCACAGCGAUGAGGGGAAAUACAAGGAUCUUGACCAAUCAAGUCUGCAAGUGGAAAUAGGUCGUCCACCCACAACUCCAGCAUCGGAGUUCAGUUUGGCGGCGGAUACUCAACCUCCUAGGCUCACACCAGACGGUAGUAGCAGUAUCGAUAGGCUGGAUCUGAAGUUGCCAAGUAUCCAGCCAGUCAGCCCUAUUGAGGGAGAUGGGGCCAUGCUUUGACUGGGUGGUAGCGCCCGGAAUAUCUAAAGCAUGAAGCUAAGAGGGGUUACUAUGGAAAUUUAUUGCUGGCUACUGCGAUUAGGAAACUCUGUUGGUCCUCCGGUAGGGCUUAUGAGCGCUACUAAAAAGCUUUGCUUUCAGUAUACAUACAUAAUGACCUUUCCUUUCCAGUUUUCCAUUUCCACCGUUUCUCCCGCUCUUGCUCGAGUAGCCUGAGUAGUGGGUGCUAGCCUGGUAAUGUUUUUUUCUUUCUUUUCGGUUUUCUGUCAAUUGGAGUUGAGCGAGCAUUCAGUCGAUUUCUUUCUUUUAGUUUUCUGUUUGCGGAGGCACGAGUAUAGACGGAAGAAUUUCGCUAAACUUAUUCCUUCUUCAAUUCUACCCUUGCACCUGAUAUGUACCCCUCAUAUUUGCUCCUAUCUUACCUUAUCUUGCCCUCCCCCACCUAUAUCAUUCGCUUCACUCGUAGCUAGCCACGAAUUUCCUUUCGACAAAAAAUCACGCUCUUUUUCCUAAUUUUUAUCAUUCUUCCUCAUUGCUAUGUUUGUUUUCAUACUUGCCAUCGAUCUUUCAUCUUUCCCCUAUUUCCAUUCUUUCUCGUUUUUUUGUGAAAUAAAAAAGUCGGGAUAUCCUUUCAUUAGCUGUAACUCCGGAGGCGUUUUCUUUUUAUUUUUUCUUGCCAAUCUAGCUUCUUUACUCUUUUUUUCACUUGCUUCCCUCUUGAAAUGUUCGCUGGUGCUUCGAUAUGCGCUUGAGCGAGUAAGUAACUAGGUGUUUUACUCUUUUUUAUUUAUUUAUUUAUUAUCA